GCAUAGGUGUUCACGUGACAGGUUGCAAGGUCACAUGACAUAUUAGGAGUCCCGUACGAGGAAAUACUCACUGGUGUGGCCGAUUGGACAAAAGUAAGGUGUGUUGGUGGAGUGUGGCAGUCUUCAAUAACGCACAGGACAUGAAGAUAAAAUGGCGUUGUCACUGCCAACAGUUGCACUUUUGACCAUUGUUUCCCUCACAACAACCCUCUCAACAGAGAGCAACACAUGUGUUGCCAGGAACUUUGGCCAUGGCUCGGUGGUGUGUGAGUGUAACGCAACUCACUGUGACAGUGUGGGGUCAGUCACUCUGCCCCCAGCGGGGCAGUACUCCUCCUACCUGAGCAGCAUGGCAGGCAGCAGACUGCAACCAGGCCAGGGUCGGGUCCAGGCGAACAGCACCGGGGCCGGCCUCAGGUUGACUAUCGUUCCCUACCAGAAGUACCAGAGGAUCAGGGGAUUCGGUGGAGCCAUGACCGACGCGGCGGCGAUCAACAUCCUGUCCCUUUCUGCCGGUGCUCGGGACCAGCUGCUGCGACAGUACUUCUCCAGUGAAGGAAUCGGCUACAGCGUCGUGCGCGUCCCCAUGGCUAGCUGUGACUUCUCCACCCGCUUGUACACCUACGCCGACUCCCCUGGAGACUACAACCUGGACAACUUCUCUCUGGCCCACGAGGAUAUCAACUUGAAGAUCCCUCUCCUGCAGCGGGCCCAGGCCUUGUCUCCUCGCCCCCUGUCUCUGCUGGCCAGUGCCUGGAGCGCCCCCGCCUGGAUGAAGACCAACCGUGCACUCAUAGGAAAAGGCUCCCUGAAGGGCCAGCCUGGCGGCAAAGAGCAUAAGACAUGGGCUCAGUACUACAUCAGGUUCCUUGAGGAAUAUGCUAAAUAUAACUUGACCUUCUGGGCUUUGACCACAGGGAAUGAGCCCUCUGCAGGACAGAUGACAAACUACAGUUUCCAGGCUCUGGGCUUCACGCCUGAGGAGCAGCGGGACUGGGUGGCUCUGGACCUGGGCCCCGCCCUGCGUGCGUCGCCGUACAAACACACACACGUCCUCAUACUGGAUGACAACCGUCUGCUGCUGCCGCACUGGGCCAAAGUGGUCCUGAACGAUGUCCAUGCAGGAAGGUACAUUCACGGCGUGGCAGUCCACUGGUACAUGGACAGCCUGGUCCCGGCUGAGAUGAGCCUGGGAACCACCCAUCAUCUGUAUCCAGAGUAUUACCUGUUUGGCACAGAGGCCUGCGCCGGGUGGAGCCCACUGGACAGAGGGGUGAAGCUGGGGAGCUGGGAGCGGGCCGAGCAGUACGCGCGUGACAUUAUACAGGACUUAAAUCAUUAUGUGGUGGGCUGGACGGACUGGAACCUGGCGCUGGACCAGACCGGUGGGCCAAACUGGGUUAAAAACUUUGUGGACAGCCCCGUCAUAGUGGAUGCGAGGCGUGACGUCUUCUACAAGCAGCCGACCUUCUACAGCUUGGCACAUUUCAGUAAGUUCCUGUGGAAGGGCUCGCAGAGAGUCGGGGUCUCUGCCAGUCAGGAAACAGACCUGGAAUACUCUGCUUUCAUCAGACCAGAUGGCUCAGUCGUUCUCAUCAUACUCAACAGGUCACCAUCAGUAAUCCAGUUUGAAGUCUGGGAUCCUGUCGUGGGCUACAUCGCCUCCGCUGCUCCGUCUCGUUCAUUGCUCACACUCGCUUGGAACACACACUGAUCAUGAAUUCGACAGCAUCGUGUCUCCUGUGUGUUUGUUUAACAUGAACCACAUCAUGAAUGUUUUAAUUCAAUGAGUGAAUGGGUUGAGUCAAGAGGGAAUGGUCUAUGGUGUGAGGUCUAGCAUUUCCCUACAAGAGUGUGUGCAUUUCAAGGAAAAUGGAAAAGGAGUUUGUUUGGGAAGUAGAACGACAGAAGUUCAACAUGCCAUGGAGAAAGCAUUUCAUGUUGGAACAUCAUCAAAGCAGUUAUUACUUUGAGUAUCAAAAUCAGGCCACUUUAAUACAUUUUUUAAAUUAACUGCUGCAAUUAUAUAUAAUAUAUCUGUCCUUAGAUUUUAUUGUAGUGAUUUCAGUGGUCACUUAAAUUAACCUCUUCUCAUUUGAUUUACUUUGAAAAUCCUUGAAUUCAUUUUACUGCACUAGUACCCAUCAGGAAUGGUACCUGAAAGUAAUAAACUAACCAGAAGUAAUUAGAUGCUCUUUGAAGAAAUCAUAUAAAUAAUGUACAGUUUGUAAAUGCCUUCCUUUGUUGCUAUUUAAUGUCUUAAUUUUAGUAAAGCAUCGUUUUCUAAAAUAUUACAUGUCACAUCUCUGAAAGUAUCUUUGGGUGCAGACAGGAUAUAAAAAGACAUGUAUUCACAGGAUUGUGAGAAAAUUAAAAUGAAACAAUAUCA